GAAGUAUUCAGUUUGCUUUAUACUACAAUUUUUACAUGAUCAACUACUUUAUAGACUGUAACUAAUGUAUCUCUUUGCUGUUCGUCGUCCCUGAUACAAAAAUUGACUCUCAAACAUUGACUGCGAACGAUUCAUAUUCAAAUACUACUGGGGAGAAAUCGAAUUCUCCGAGAAUGUCUCGAUGUUGUUCUCCUUGGAGAUCGAACAACUUCGAUUGGUUGUACCCGAUAUCUACGCCCUCGUGCUCAUCGUCGACGGAUCCGAUACCAGCAGGCUCAAUGAGAGCACUCAAAUCGCAGUUUCUCUCCAAGACGGCGGGCUGUGCGGACAGCGUCCUCCCCUCUACAUCAGCUCCUUCGCGAAGGAUGGCCGGGGUCAGAGCAGAGCAGGCCAGCGAGGAGAUGAAGACUAUGUGCCCUCCCAAGAGCACCAGAACGAUUUUCGACGAGGGUCGUCCCUGCAGGGCAGUUUUAUGGGAAGUCCGAUCCAUGCGGCGGUCACCGAGAAGGAGCAGGAGGAGAACGCUACAUUCAUCGCGGCUCUGCAGUCACCAACUCGGUCGUCUCUCGUUGCACGAGCGGCGAAAGGUGGCGACGCGCAGGAAGACACCUUCGCGUCCAGGAAUGCUGUUCGGUAUGAGGAUGUGCGCUCCUCCGAGCGGGGCUAUAUGCAGCCGACUCUACAGCCAGUUUUUCGAGCUUCGAAGUUGUACUUUCGAAUCGAGGAGGGAAAAGGAAAAGCGGCUGUUCCCGGUUGCGGCAUCUCUCUUAGGUUACUGCUGGUUCCGGUUGGCCAAGUGUUAGAGGGUCGGGGGAGCUUGGGUGGAGUGAAAGGAGCAGGGGUUGCAGGCGUAUCGAGACGUUUUUCUGCGUCUUCAGGCUGUAGCAGCGACUCGAUGCUGCAUCGUGGGACCGCCAGUCGUGCAGCUGGUGUGGAGCAAAGUAUAGGGCAAGAUCAUGGUCUUGGAGACGGGCCAAAGGCAAUGGUCGAUGCUCGUCCAGUUUCGCCUGAUUUGGACUGGCGUUUUGCCUAUUGGCUAGACUUUGUCCGCCAUUACAAGAGUACAGCGCACUCUUUCUCGUGGACAUUUUAUCCCAGCAGCGCACAGGCAACAGUUAUGGCUCAGUAGAAUAAUGCAUCUUACGAAGCAUCUCCGACUCCUCUUCUUAGUAGAGGAAAAGGCGUCAAAGAUGCUUUUAAAGAUGAAUAGAAAUAGGGUCUAAAACAGCACAACGCAAGAGCUUUGGAUGCGCCACCGCAGUAGUGGAGACACUGUCCGUCAAAGUGGAAGCAGUGACGGAUUCGAGUGUCCGCAGAUAUUUUGAAGAUGGUGCAGCCGAGAACUUCAUACGUGCACAACAGGCAAGGGAAUUCGACCUCAUAGUAAAAGAGGAGCCGCCGGACGCAGUCACCGGGAAACGGCGACGAUCUUUUGAUGCAAUCGAACGAACACCUGAACAAGACGACACAACUUUUGAUAACAGCGGAACUAAUGAGAAUGACGAAAAAGAAAAUCUAGGCCGCCAUAACUUCGCUACAUCGACGUCUCCUUCAUCUUUUAGACCGCGUGGGGUCGCCUCACCUUCAGCACUUGCAGUAUUGCGCCGUCGAGUCAGUUUCUGUCUGUCGCCACCGCUGUCUCCGAAGUCGCCGCGAGGUCGGAAAGGUGAGGACAUGCUCAAGGGCGACCGCUUAGCUCACAUUCCCGACUUCGCGUUCGCAUGGAAGGUGCAUUUAUAAAUAUGUUCACGGAGAAAGGUUUUCAAGAAGGAGCUACAACAUCAAUCAUGCACCAAAGUUACUCAAAAGAUAGUAGUUGCUGUUCGUAUCCUGUAGUUGACGCGCCGUGAAGAAGUGAAGUUUUGAAGUUUGAGUUAUAGGAGUUUCUUUGUUCACCGACCGAGGCCAUCACCUGUUGUUUAUCGACCAGGUCUCCGAUCUUUCUCGUGUGCGGAAAACGCCCCGUCACCAAGAUUUCACUUUGAAUCUUGUUGAGCGGAACGCAACGAAGCGCGCGGAGAUAGCGGAUCUGGUAAAAGUCCUGCAUGCUCGGCAGGUCUCGCUCACAGCGAUGGAGGAAGAGCGCACCCAGCUCGAAAAGCAGCGUCGCGUUUUACUGCAUGAAAAUGCGAAGUUAGAAACGGAGAUGGAAGACAUCGUUCACCCGGACCUUACGGACAUCGAUGCCGACCUAUACUUCGCGGGCGCAAACAACCCGCACGACUUAUACCUGAAACUCCACUGUGCUGACGCGCGACUGCAGCGCACGCGGGACAAGCUGCUGCACACUUUCGGUUAAGGUCGACGCUCGUGUAGUUACUUAAUCAAUCAAAUAAAAAUGAAUAUGCUGCUAUGAUGAGGUGGUGGCAUUUCUAGUUCUUACAAUAUCGUAGUCCUCAUUGACUUCUGUAGAUGAGAAAUGGAUUAUACUGCAUAGGAGUCUAAUUCUCGAUGUGGAAGAAGUUAGAAAAGCUUGUGGAGCAAAGCAUGGAAACCCCGGAGAAGCUUGCCCAGACUGCGGAUGCCAUUGUUGAAAUGCGGGAACGUUUGAGGAGCGACUACGCCGCGGAUUAUGCUGAGUAUGAGCGACUUGCCACUCUAGUUCAGGAGCAGGACGUUCUGCUGAACCAGUUACAGGACCGUAUCAAAAAGGUAGAAUCUUAUGGAAGCGUUAUGCUCACUGGAGCCACAGCGAGGCUAGCGGAAUACAUCACGGACAAGUCCUCGUCGGGAGAGGAAGAGAAGGCGGGUACUUGAUGACGCUGAAUAGUCACCCAUUCGAAAAGAGUCUCUAUUAUUCUUGUUCUAGUAGUUGCAAUCGUCUGCUCCAUUAUUUUGCUUUGUUAUACGUAGGAGGAUUUAUGUCAAUGUGUAUCUUUUGGCAUCCCACUUGUGUUCAUCGAUGCGAAGUAGUAAUUUUGGAGCCCACGACCAUGAGGACCUUCCAUUGGUUGCAGGUGCUUCCGCACAAGAGAUCGCUAGUUCAAAGCCUCGGGUUAUGAUGCCGGUAAUCGAUCGAAUCGAGCAUAUUCAGCUCCAAACGGAGAAUGCAGAAUUGCAGACGAGAAUUACGAAAUUGCGCACACGACUGCCACCACCCGACAAGGAGACGGAAGUUUUCUCGAUGUUGCGAAUGACGAAGGAUGACGUCAAAAUAACGCAGGAGCAAAUCCGGGAGAAGCUGAGCCUCAUCAAAGCAACGGCUAGGAAACGUACUACAGUCGUUUAGCCACGUGUUUAUCCAUCGUGUUGGAAUCAACAGAUAUUGUGAAGAACAACUUCUUCGGGCGGCACUCACAAAAUACAAACUUUUCAAUAGUAAAACAACCACACAUCGAUUCAUAGAUAUGGUAAGGAAAAAGUCCUUUCCUCCAGAUAAACUCGUGCUGAACGAAUUUCGAGAUUCCAGUGGGAAGAAAUUUGGAGACCUUCAAGGGGCCAACAACGCGGAUCCGGAAAUGGAGGUCCUACGGUUUAAAGAGAGGCAGUUGGAGGGCCAAUUGGAGGCUCUAAAUACUGAGAAUCGCAUGUCGGAGAUUGAGCACCAGCAUGAACUGUUUCGGCUUCGCGGGCUACUGGCCGACAAAUCGCGCGCUCUAGCAAGCAUCACUUCCGGAGGACAGUAGGCAUGUGAUCAGGUGUUGUAAACUCCAGGUAGAAGAAGUCUAGUGCUUCUUGUUGUGGAUCGUGUGAGUAUGUCAUUGCCGUUGUUGUUGUUGUUGUUGUCUUGCACAUGGGAUAACGACGUCCAUGGCACUAAGCAGUUGUGGGAAAUGACUCGUUUUUGCAAUCCAGGUAGCUGCGUUGAGGCAUUGAGGGUCGUAAUGCAAGAGGACGUCGACCAUUUGCGCGUGCCUCGAUUGAAGAUCUCAAGGCUAUCAUGACACUGCACGGCGCAUUCAUAAUGCAUGACACUGAAUGCAUAUCAGCGCUUGUUUCAUAAGCAUACGUAGUUCUCGGAAAGGAACACGUGGGCCGCUCCCUGUCUGCGGCUGCUCAGGCAGCAGCAUCGCAAGGAAUCUAAAAAAUAUCAAAUGCAAAGAUCAAACGCUGGAAUUGAAAUACUCAUCUUUGUUCAAAGAUUUGCAAAUGUGAUCCUCCCAAAGUCAGACAC